GAAAAGGUUUGUUUAUGUUUAUAUUUUUUAAAAACAGAGUGUAAAUGUUGAAACACUUGUCAAGAAGUUUCGGAAGGGAAGAAUGUUUUAUCAUAUAUCACUGGAGCACGAGAUUCUGCUGCACCCGCGCUACUUCGGGCCGCAGCUGCUCGACACAGUCAAGCAGAAGCUCUACACAGAGGUGGAGGGCACCUGCACGGGCAAGUACGGCUUCGUGAUCGCCGUGACGAGCAUCGACAACAUCGGGGCGGGCGUGAUCCAGCCCGGCCAGGGCUUCGUGGUCUACCCCGUCAAGUACAAGGCCAUAGUGUUCCGGCCCUUCAAGGGCGAGGUGCUGGACGCAGUCGUCACCCAGGUCAACAAGGUUGGAAUGUUUGCCGAAAUUGGACCUUUGUCGUGUUUCAUUUCCCAUCAUUCGAUCCCCGCCGACAUGCAGUUCUGCCCCAACUACAGCCCGCCCUGCUACAAGUCCAAGGACGAGGAUGUCGUGAUCCAGGCGGACGAUGAAAUCAGACUGAAGAUUGUCGGCACGAGGGUGGACGCUUCAGGCAUCUUCGCUAUUGGUACAUUAAUGGAUGAUUACCUUGGUUUGGUUUGCAGUUAGGUUUCUUUGAAGAUGUCUCCAGAAACCAUCUUUUUAAAAACUUUUUGUACUCUGAAUAUUGUUCUUGUAAAUAAAAUUACUAAAGUAAUUAAAA